GAAAGGCCUUUGUAGUGUUGGCUUGCUAUCUGAAUUGCGUGUUGGUCGCGGAAAGCCACGCGUACCACGAGAGCCGCGUAACUGGAGGCCGCCUUGCAGGGGCAGCGCUGGGUUUGGCUUCAGCUGUGCACCUGGGAGCGUUUUAGCUUGGUAAUGCUGAUCCCGCCAGGUGAGUAUUGGGCCUGCCACCUGGAUGUGAGUGAGACGCGGUCACGUGGCAGCUGGUAAGCCAAGACCGGUGGAUGCCCCGGGCCGAAGCGGUUCGAACUGCGUCCGUUCCAGAAAUGCCAUGGAACCCCAGGUGCGGACUUGGUAGCGUUCUGAGUUUACGAAGGAGUCGCGGCGAGAUGCAAGCAGCAAGGACUUGGAGAUCCCGGUGUUACGCCUUGGGCACUGGAGGUCGUUGAUGGGAUUCGGAACAUGCCGUUUAGGGAAUGCGAUGUUUUGUAAGAGGAUGCUUGCUUAGCUGUCGCAAAGAGACUCCCGGGGUAACGUCUCGGUCAUGGUCGGCUGCACAAGUGAUGUGGCUUGUACCGGGGACCGAAAUAGGGAUUUCAUCUGUAUAACCCAGAGGUGGUUUUGGGCUUUGAAUUCUGUAUUAACGGUUGUUUUCUUUCCAGACUGCAAAAUUCAAAACGGGGCUCAAGGUAUUCGUUUCAUCUACACCAGAGAAGGCAGACCCAGUGGCGAGGCUUUUGUUGAACUUGAAUCAGAAGAUGAAGUCAAACUGGCCCUGAAAAAAGACAGAGAGACUAUGGGACACAGAUAUGUUGAAGUAUUCAAGUCAAACAACGUUGAAAUGGAUUGGGUGUUGAAGCAUACUGGUCCAAAUAGUCCCGACACGGCCAAUGAUGGCUUUGUGCGGCUUAGAGGACUCCCCUUUGGAUGUAGCAAGGAAGAGAUUGUUCAGUUCUUCUCAGGGUUGGAAAUCGUGCCAAAUGGGAUAACAUUGCCGGUGGACUUCCAGGGGAGGAGUACGGGGGAGGCCUUCGUGCAGUUUGCUUCACAGGAAAUAGCUGAAAAGGCUCUAAAGAAACACAAGGAAAGAAUAGGGCACAGGUAUAUCGAAAUCUUUAAGAGCAGCCGGGCUGAAGUGAGAACGCACUAUGACCCACCCCGAAAGCUCAUGGCCAUGCAACGGCCCGGUCCCUAUGACAGGCCUGGGGCUGGCAGAGGGUAUAACAGCAUUGGCAGAGGUGCUGGCUUUGAGAGGAUGCGGCGUGGGGCUUAUGGUGGAGGCUAUGGAGGCUAUGAUGAUUAUAAUGGCUAUAAUGAUGGCUAUGGAUUUGGGUCUGACAGAUUUGGAAGAGACCUCAAUUACUGUUUUUCAGGCAUGUCUGAUCACAGAUAUGGGGAUGGUGGCUCUACCUUCCAGAGCACAACAGGGCACUGUGUGCAUAUGCGUGGAUUACCCUACAGAGCUACCGAGAAUGACAUUUACAAUUUCUUUUCACCACUCAAUCCUGUGAGAGUACACAUUGAAAUUGGUCCUGACGGCAGAGUGACAGGUGAAGCAGAUGUCGAGUUUGCAACUCAUGAAGAUGCUGUGGCAGCUAUGUCGAAAGACAAAGCGAAUAUGCAACACAGAUAUGUAGAACUCUUCUUGAAUUCUACAGCAGGAGCAAGCGGUGGUGCUUACGAACACAGAUAUGUAGAACUCUUCUUGAAUUCUACAGCAGGAGCAAGCGGUGGUGCUUAUGGUAGCCAAAUGAUGGGAGGCAUGGGCUUGUCAAACCAGUCCAGUUACGGGGGCCCGGCCAGCCAGCAGCUGAGUGGUGGCUACGGCGGCGGCUACGGUGGCCAGAGCAGCAUGAGUGGAUACGACCAAGUUUUACAGGAAAACUCCAGUGAUUUUCAAUCAAACAUUGCAUAGGCAGCCAGGAAGCAGUGAACAGCAGCUACUACGGUAGUGGAAGCCGUGCAUCUGUGGGCGUGAACGGCAUGGGAGGGGUGUCUGGCGUGUCCAGUGUGAGUGCUGGAUGGGGAAUGUAACCGAUCCUGGUCACUGACUCUUGGCCAACUUUUUUAAAGGAAAACCUUCAGUUUAACCAUUUUGCAAUACGAGCUUGUGAUUAUGCUUAUUCUAUAAGUGAAAUCAGGAUUGUCUUCAAGACUUAAGGUUCAGUCUUUUGAACACAGCACUCAUCUAGGAUGUGACAGUGAAGUUGAGUAAACGAUAACUGUUCAACAAGCCCCAGCUUUUUUCAAGGUAGUUCUCUUGUAGGAUGUACGUAAGCAGUAAGCGUAUUUAGGUUCAAGCAGUUGAAUUAUGUUAAAUGUUGCUCUUAUACCCACAUGGCAUUUGAACACUGUUUGGAUGCAUGUUGAAAAACAUGCCUUUUUUUUUUUUUUUGUAAAACUCAUAGGAGCUGUGUCUACAAUUAAAGUGAAACCUUUUGGCAUGUUUGUUAAUUCUAGUUUCAUUUAAUAACCUGUAAGGCACGUAAGUUUAAGCUUUUUUUUUUUAAGUUAAUGGGGAAAAUUUGAGACGCAAUACCAGUACUUAGGAUUUUGGUCUUGGUGUUUGUAUGAAAUUCUGAGGCCUUGAUUUAAACUUUUCAUUGUAUUGUGAUUUCCUUUUAGGUAUAUUGCGCUAAGUGAAACUUGUCAAAUAAAUCUUCCUUUCAAAACUGCA